UAGAUGGUGCCAGAUAUAUGGUAUUCUUAAUUCCAAUCUUUGUAUGUCAGAACCAGCUGAUUUUUAUUUAUUUCGUGUGAAAUAACAUGGCUUUUAAUUCCGAUUCAGAUUUGGAAGUGAAAGCUCGAAAAGCCACUGAAAGAAUAUCCGAAAAUAUGCACAUAGUAGCAAACGAACCUUCUUUAGCGUUUUAUAGACUGCAAGAGCAUGUUAGAAAAGCUUUAAAUCCUAUGGUAGAUAAAAGAGCGGAUGUAAAUAAAUUGCACACCGAAUUGCAGGGACGGUGUUACGAUCUGGAAUAUGCUGUUGGGGCCCUUAAAUCAAUAAACAAUGCAGAUGAAAGUUUUGACAGUAUACGAGAACUUUUAAAAAACGCGAUUUUUUUAAAACAGCAAUUGAAAUAUGAGGAGUCCCGGAGGAAGAAAUCAGAUUCAAAUUCUGUGUAUAAACGUUUAUCUGCUCAUAUUACUUUAGAUUUGCCAGAGUUACCUGAACUAUCAGAUGUUGUUAGAGAAACAGCGAACCGGGUGGAGAGUAUGAUGUCAAAAGCGACGCAUUCGAACACUUAAUUUUGUUUAAUAUUUUUUCUGCUUUGAAUUAUUUAACUUUUUUGCUACAAAUUUUUGAAUAAAACGUGCCGUUAUCCUAG